AUGUCUACAGUCGCGGACGAGCUUCUCAACGAUUUCGGAAGCUCGGGAGACGAGGCCGAAGGAGACGAGGAUGGCCAGCUGCAGUUGCGCGCGGGGAAGGAUGGCGACGACCACGGCGAUGGCGAUGGCCUCGACGGGGAUGCCAUGGAUGUCGACGGCACGAACGGCAUCAACGGCACCGAGGAAGGCAAAGGGGAAAACAACAGCCGCAGCCAUCACGACCUGGAGGAUGCCGAAGUGACCAAGGCCAGAGUGGAGAAGAUGCAGCUGGGAACGGUCAAGGACGUGCGGAGCGUUGCGAGCCUGAUGAAGACUCUUGAGCCGGUGAUUGAGGUUAGCGACCCCCCGUCCCCCGUCCCUUUUCGUAGACGGCACGUUUACAUCUGGCCGAGAGAUAGCCCUAACAGUUUCGCCCGAACGCUGCAGAAAAUAGCACGGUACCGAUCGCAGGCGGCGGCGGAGAAGUCCAUCGUCGGCAACGUCGAGGACCAUCCCGAGUACAGCCUGCUGACGCAGUCGAACAACUUGUCGACCAUGAUCGACGGCGAGGUUGCGCUCGUGCACAAGUUCAUUCGCGACCACUACUCGACCCGAUUCCCGGAGCUCGAGAGGCUCGUGACAACACCGCUCGAGUACGCCAAGGUCGUCUCCAUCAUCGGCAACGGGCCCAUGGACUCGGAAAGCAUCCGGGCGCUGCAGACAUCGACGAACAACCCCCUCGGCUCCGGCCUCAAGGCCGUCCUCGACGGGCCAUCGCUCAUGAUCGUGACGGUGGAGGCCACGACGUCCAAGGGCCAGGAGAUGGCCGAGGACGAGCUCGUUCGAGUGCGGCAAGCCUGCGACAUGGCCAUCUCGCUCCACAAGGCCAAGAACACGCUCACCGAGUACGUGCAGUCGCGGAUGACCAUCUUCGCGCCCAACCUGACGGCCCUGAUCGGGUCCCUGACGGCGGCCCAGCUGCUCAACGCCGCCGGCGGUCUGACGGGCCUGUCGAAGACGCCGGCAUGCAACCUCCCGUCGUGGGGCUCGAAGAAGAGGCAGUCGGGGCUGGCGACGAACAUUGGCAUCCGCCAGCAGGGUUACCUGUACCAUUCGGAGGUGAUCCAACACAUACCAAACGACCUCAAGAAGCAAGCGAUGCGCAUCGUCGCGGCGAAGCUCGUGCUCGCCGCCCGCGUCGACAGGAUUCACUCGAGCCCGGACGGAAGGACGGGGGAGGAGCUGAAGUCGGCCUGCCUCGAGAGGCUGGAGAAGCUCACGGAACCUCCGCCGAACAAGGGCCAGCGCGCCCUCCCGGUGCCCGACGACAAGCCGGCGCGGAAGCGAGGCGGCCGAAGGGCGCGGAAGGCCAAGGAGGCGUUGGCCAUGACGGACCUCCGCAAGGCGCAGAACCGCAUGGCCUUUGGCAAGGAGGAGAACGAGGUGGGCUACGGCACGGGCGACGGCACCGUCGGCAUGGGCAUGAUCGGACAGCACAACGACGGCCGGAUCCGCGCGCUGCAGGUCGACGGUCGCACCCGAGCGAAGCUCAGCGCCAAGAACAAGGGCUGGGGCGCCGGCGGCGCGAGCGGAGGGACCGGCGCCGCCUCGAGCAUCGGCGCCUUCGGCCCCUCGGGCGGCAUCGAUCUCGGCGGCAAAGGGCUCCGGACCGCCGGCGUCGGCAGCACGGUGGGAGGCGCGGCGUCGUCGCUCACCUUUACGCCCGUGCAAGGCUUGGAGCUGGUCGACCCCAAGAUGCAGGCGCAGCUGAGCAACAAGCGCAAGGCGGACGAGGACCGCUGGUUCAAGGGAGGCACCUUUACCCAAAUCGGAGGGGGGUCCAGCUCGAGCGCCAACGACGGCUUCAAGGUGCCGCAGCUGCCGGCGGCGAAACGGGUCGACACGGGCGCGACGAAGAUGGAACCGCCCCCGAGCCGGCAAUGA